AUGUUUGCAGUCAUGAUAAAAGGUGGAGCUGCACCAGUGAAAAUAGAACCAUCGCGUGGCUUUUCAGCAGAACCACUGGGGUCUGGGAUUUCUGGAUCAGGUGCUGAAGUUGAAAAUUUUGUUGGCAAAGAAAGAGAAGGCAGUUCAGUUCCAAUGGAUGUUGAUAGUCCAAAUAAGAAUGAGAAGUCUGAAAAGAAAAUUUCUGUUGAUGAGUAUAAUGAACGGCGAUCUAAGAGAAAUUCUAGACAUCAUCAGAAGUAUUACGAUGACUCUUUUGAUGACGAGUAUAGGCACUCUCGACGUCGGCAAAAGCAUGAUACUCCCUCCGACGAUGAGUACCGGCAUUCUCGACACCGUCAUAGGCAUGAUAGCUCCUCCGAUGAUGAGCAUCGGCAUUCUCGACGUCAGCAUAAGCAUCAUAGCUCUGAUAAUGGGCUUGAACACCGAAGCAGAUCUGCUAAGAAUGGGAAAUCUCAAUCUGAAAAAGAAGUGGACUUGGAAGAAGGGGAGAUCCUUACAAGAUCAGAUCAAUCGAAAGCUAGUCAGGGUGAUGGUGCUAGUCGAGAAGCUUCUGUUGAAUUAUCAAAAUCCUAUCAAGAUGGAAGGGCCCCAUCUCAGCAGGCCUCUGAAACCACCGAGGUUUCUGAUGAUCUUAGAGCCAAAAUCCGAGCCAUGUUGAUGGCAACCUUGUAA